AUAAAAACGUUAUUCCGAGUAAGCAGCGUGAACUGUCUCCAAGCAUCCGGAAUCACAGACGGUUACUAUUGGUUACAGAGGCGGAGACUCGUGUGAUUGACAGACCGCACAGCCAAUCCUCACGUUGUUCAGCGGUAGCCCCGCCCCCUUCACCUGUUGACUCUCAGCACUGAGCGCGUCCGAAACACAACGCUGUUCAUUUCAGUCGAAAUUCACUUUAAUCCGAAUUGAUUUCAGAUUUUCAUCGACUUUAUGGAAGUUAGCUCAGAAUAAAGACAUAAAUGCGCUCAUCUCUCGCCGCUGGAGAACUAAUUGAUGCCAUUUCCAGCUGGUGUAAUUGACAUGGACGACUCCGGAGAGGCUUAUUUGUGCAUUAAUGAUCCCAACGGAAACUGGUCUGGAUCCCACGCUGUCCUGGAUCCGCUGGAGGAGGAGGAGGAGGAGGAGUUCAGGAGGAAGCUGAAGUAUUUCUUCAUGAACCCCUGUGACAAAUACACCGCGCGCGGGAGAAAGCCCUGGAAACUGAUCCUGCAGAUCCUGAAGAUCGCUGUGGUCACCAUACAGCUGGUGUCGUUUGGUCUCAGUAAUCAGAUGGUGGUUCAGUUUAAAGAGGAGAAUCUCAUGACGUUCAGACAUCUGUUCCUGAAGAACUUCAGCAGGAGCAGCGCGAACACGUACGCCGUUUACACCAAACACAACGUCUACACACACAUCGCUUACGUCGUGGAGCAGUUUCUAACGUUGCCAAGCAUAACGUUGGGCAACCAUGAAUAUGAGAAGAAAGGUGAGGUUUACACUCCUCUCAGCGUCUGCCAGCAGUUCUACCACAACGGCAGCCUCUCACCAGCCAACGAGAGCUUUCACAUCGACGCUCAUGUGGAUGAAGAGUGUUUGCUGAUUUAUCCACUGCAUCCCUUCUCAACCAUCACAGCAAACCCACUCAACUUUACUCUGCACUUUGAGAGGUUGUUGGCAGUGACUGUAAAAUUCACUCUGAAAUCCAUUAACCUGGAGACGGUUCAGUAUCACGAGCUUCCAGACUGUUACCUCUUCAACAUUAUGAUCACCUUUGACAACAAGCCCCACAGUGGGAGAAUCGGGAUUGACCUGGACAGCGAUGUGCAGAUCUAUGAAUGCAGAGACUGGACUGUGACUGGUGCAUCCCAGAGGGACAUGUACAUUAUGGUUCUGUUUGACAUAAUGGUCAUUCUGAUUCUCCUGCUGUCGCUGCUUCUCUGCAUGCGCUCGGUGAAAGCUGGAGUCCUGCUGCAGUUUGAAUACACAGCGUUCUUCUCCAGUCGUUACAGCAAACGCGUGUCCUUCUCCGACCGUAUGGAGUUCAUUAACGGCUGGUUUAUCCUCAUCAUCGUUAGUGAUGUUCUCACCAUCACAGGCUCUCUGCUGAAGAUCAUCAUCCAGCUACAGGCCAUGGCGAGUUAUGAUCUGUGCAGUAUCUUGCUGGGCACCGGCACCAUGUUCGUGUGGAUCGGGGCCUUACGCUACAUGGGAUACUUAAAAAAAUACAAUAUUCUCAUCAUCACUCUGCGAGCGGCGUUUCCCAACGUCAUCCGCUUCAGCUGCUGUGCCGCCAUGAUUUUCCUCGGCUACUGUUUCUGUGGGUGGAUCGUGCUGGGACCGUACCACACCAAGUUCCGGACGCUGAACGUGGUUUUCGAGAGCCUGUUUUCGCUCAUCAACGGCGACGACAUGUUCGCCACCUUUAAGAACAUGCAGCAGAAGAGUUACGUGGUGUGGCUCUUCAGCCGCCUGUAUCUCUACACGUUUGUGUCUCUGUUCAUCUACAUGGUGCUCAGUCUGUUCAUCACGCUCAUCACGGACACCUACGACACCAUGAAGCAUCAGCGAUCGGACGGAGAGCCCGUGUCAGAUCUUCAGGCGUUCAUCAUGCAGUGUAAAGACCCUCCAGAAUCGGGACGCUUCAGUGUGAACGAGACCAGAUUCCUGAUGGGCUGCUGCUCACACAGGACGUGCCGCUCCGAUGACGACACCGACUGACCGGGACUUCACAGCGAA